GACGUCAAAAAUGUUUUUCAUGUUCUGGUAUUAUUUGUGCGUUAACGCAAUCAUUAUACGAUACAAUGAUUCAAUAGAGAAACUCAUGAUCACCUACUACAGCCCAUAUAUCUACGAAAAUUACAAGCUUGACCAUGAAUUUGGGUGUUGGACGCAUAAAAAAAUCACUUACCCGGUAGAAAAUAUCCAUGAGAGUUUCGUUUGUGUGAAAGAAUGCAAUAAUUUAACAUUAAAUUCAGCUCUAAAAACAAAUCAUUUAGGCACAUGUAUUGGAUUGCGGACAAUUAUAGUGGAUUAUGAAGAUAAAAAACUCUUAAAAGAGAUUGAUGUGUUUGAAGAGAAAGGAAAGAAUUUGCACGGAUAUCCUCUCACAGCUUUUGUGUUAGAAAUAAUGCCAUUUUUAAUGAUAGACGAAAAUCCUGAUGGGACAUACACGUUGCGUGAAAGAGAUGGUCGCAUUUGGAAUACGAUGGCAGAGCUGAUGAAUUUCACCAUUGACAUUUCACCAUGUGCGGACUUCAUGAAAAAGCCGUUCAAUUUUGAAUUGGUCAUAAAACUGAUAUUCGACUAUUCUAUGAGAAAAGCAGACCUGAUACUAAUGCCAGUUUAUCAGUUUAAUUUUUUAGUAGUCGACUUCGACAUGGGGGUACCGUACAAAGAAAGCGGUGUCUGUUUUAUGGCCCAUCGGGCCGGUUUCGAGACCUCUCUAUUCGACUUUAAAAUGGUGACCGCGAACUAUGAACUGUUGUUAGAAGCUUUAUGUUGUUUUGUAGGAACUUGGUUUGUAUUUUUUAUUUUUAAUGUAGUCGAAAAGGGAAUUGUUAGUUUUGAUCAGGUUGGAAAAGACUUGAUAAAUGCCAUUAGAAAUGUACUAUCAAUACCUUUGUACAAACCACCUAAAACAGGUAAAUUUCGCUUCUUUUUGCUAAUGUCAAUAUGGAGUUAUUUCAUCAUUAACUUUGCUAUCCAAGCAGUUAUUAUUUCAUUUUAUAGCGUAUAUAAAAGAGGCAAGGACGUGGACACUUUUAAAGAUAUUGUCGAAAAAGGAUACAUCAUAGAAGGCGUACCUUCCCCAGACGUGGUGCUUCCAGAAACCAAUGACAUAAAUAUUAUAAUAAAUUCUAGAGUGGUAGCUGUACGAAACAUGUUUGAAUGUGUUAAUAAAAUAGCUAACGACAGGCACAGGUUCUGUUUGAACGACUGUUCUGUUGGCAGAUACUUACAAAGGAAUCUAUUGAAUGAUAAAGGCGAACAAUAUCUACAUAUAGCGAAAGAUCAAAUACAUAACCAUUUGCUGACCAUGCUACAGUAUAAAAACUCUCCCCUGACUGACCAUCUUAAGAAACAUAUGUUAAGGAUAGUACAAGCAGGUCUAAUCGAUAAAUGGGAAGAAUACCGCUUCCAUGAUAUAACAGAUGAUGUACCUGUGAAAUCAUUGAGUAUGGACGAUCUUUUAGGUAUUUUCGAGUGUUAUUGUGUCUUAUUAUGUGUAUCAAUUAUGACAUUUUUAUUGGAAGUCACAAUAAGUAAUGCAAAAAGAAUGAGACGAACUCUAAAUAUAAAAUAUUCACAAUGGCACAGGGCACGUGCAGUGAAAAAAAAUAUUAAAAUUAAAAAAUCGAUAAAUGUAAAAAUGGUCGACAGUUACACUCAGACAUUGGCGGAUUAUCUCUAGACCAAACUAGGCAUA